GUCUUCUCUUCGAGCAGUUUCCAGCGCUGGCCACACCCAAGAUGAUGGACCUUGUCGCCAUGUCAGGUGACCUCGAGCUUUUGAUGUGGCUCCAUGAAGCGGGUGCUAUAUGCUCCACCGCCGCAAUGGACGGCGCGGCAAUGAACGGCCACUAUGACGACGUCCUCUUUCUGCACUCUGCAAGGACCGAGGGCUGCACGAUCGCGGCGGCAACGGCAGCAGCCGUCAAUGGUGACGCGUCGAUCGUUCGCUUUCUUCUCGAGCAGCGCACCGAAGGCGUCGACCCAUCGCUCUGGUUUAAACCCCCGCAUCGCGAGCACUUGACGCACAGUGUACGUGGUGAGACGUACAUUGAGGCCGUCGACCUCGUUGCAGCGACCGUCGAGUUGACGGACCGGGCAUUCAAAACGAUUGUGGACAAGCGUGGCCUUGUGGUCCUUCAACUCGUCUAUUCGCGUGGGUACCUAAAGAAGAUGACCAAGCCGUUGCUGGAGCUGGCCGUCGCCAAGCAAGACCACGCAAUGCUGCGCUAUGUCCCGCUGGAGCUCUUGCACAAGAGCCGCCUGCGCGUCGGGUCGGAGCGAGCAAUCGUCUACGCGGCCUACCGCAGUCACAUGCACGUGCUCGACUGGCUGCAUACGAACCGACGCGAUGGCUGUGACCAAGACGCGAUGGCGCUCGCUGUCGCUACGGGCCGUCUUGACGUUGUGCGCUGGCUCCACGAGGUUUACGGUCUAUGGCGAACCCACGCUGCCUUGGCCACAGCAGCCUACAUUGGCCACAUGACAAUGGUGACAUACCUCUUGGACAUACCGACGGGUGGUGUCGAUUGUUGGACUGACCAAGUUGACAGCAACAGUAACAUGGGCGAAAUGCUGCCACCGCACGAUGACCAUCUUGGCAGCCCACAUGUCGACUACGUAGCAGGGUCGCCGACGUACUGGGCGGCGAGCCAAGGCCAUCUCGAGAUCCUUCAGCUGCUCGUCGCUCGCGACUAUGAAUUGCCGCUGGAUGCCAUUGAGAAAGCCGUCGCGAACGGUCACCUGUACGUUGUGCGCUACCUCCACGAAGGGUUCAGUCAGCGCUGCAACUACCAACACGUGCUGGUCGCUGUUCAGCAGCGCCAUGUCGACACCGUCGCGUACGUCCUAUCAAAUGGCUCUUGGCAACUUGAUGACGAUCUCUCAAACGACGAGAUCGCAAGUGAAGUAGCGUUGCACAUGCUGCUCGUGGCCACUGCACGCAGUGGUAGCCUCGACAUUUUGGCGCUUGUCCACGCUGCUUUUCCGAUACCAACGACGCUACCCGCUCGCGUCUCGGAGCGCAUGAUGAUCCGCGCUGCGUCCUACGGCCACCUCGACAUGCUCCGACAUUUGCACGACGUCUAUGGCUUUGGAUGGACUCCAAUGGUUGAAGAAGCAGCGAGACGUCGCGGUCGCAAGAAUGUACUGCGCUACUUGCAAACACUUGGGCCUGCGAACACCUCCGUCGACACUCAAGAUUGGUGGAAUGACGGUAUCGACGCGUGCUUUCCCAAAGCUAUGGUCGACGGCGUGAUGCGCGUGCGGUCUCUCUAA